UGCGUCUGAGAGCCAUUCAAUACUUCGGCAUUGCUCUUGAAGUUGUUAUUCAGUUGUUCUACAAAGUUUCUCUAAUCAUUCUCAUCAUGGUGUUUGUUGUUUUUGCUUUCACGAAUGCCUUCAUCGUACUUCUGCGUCACAAAGAUGAUAGCUACUUUCAAGAACAAUACACAGGUCACGUAUUAUUUCCAAACUCUACUCCAGCGCCCGAGAAUGAUCCAAAUAUUACUUUGGUUGAUGGUGGGGCAAAUGAGUUUACUAAUGUUUUCAAGGCCUUCAAGGAUGUGUGGUUCUUUAUCUAUGGUGUUUGGGACCCUAUAAAUGCUGGAGAUUCAGCAGAUAAUAUCAUGAGUAUGAUUCUUGCAAUCAUAUUCUCAUUCAUUGUGCUCUUACUUUUCUUCAAUAUUGUCAUGUAUGUGUGUUUUACAUGAGAUAUAUCUAAUUUCGUAUUUAGUGGUUUCAUGUCUGCCUCAAUUGAAGAAGUAAGACAACGAGGUAGA